GUCAGUCAGAUGGAAAAAAACAAUGUGAAUUUGUGAAUGAGUGAUAAGUAAAAAUAUGUCUAAAUCUAAAAGUUGAUAGGCCUUCAUGAAGAGAAUUAUUGAACAAAAAAACGCGUUCAUAACUGGACUUAUGAACGACGGCGGGGGAACAAUGCCGCACAUAGAGAAGAUGCAGGCGCGAACAGGGAAGGAGACAAUACAUUCUGGUCAUUUCAUGGUGUCGCACUUUGAAGCUGAGGCCCAAGAUGAUUUCGAUGAUUUGGCCGUGCCUGUACCAGAUGAAGAACAAAAUGUUCAAAAAGUGUCAGUGGUGGCGACGUACACGGUUCCAGGGUCCAAAGAACCUCCUUCCUUGUUUGAUAAAGAAGAUAGUAAACAACAUCAACAGCUUUCCAUUGAGAUAUCCCUUACAAAGUUAUUCAAAUGUAUGACUUUGGCCUACAGACAAAAACUAACUUCACCUAAAUGGAAUCGUUUCAAAGGUAUAAAACUUCGGUGGAAGGACAAGAUCAGAUUGAACAACGUCAUAUGGAGAUGCUGGCACAUGCAGUUUAUUAAGAAACAAAAUACUCUGGUGUGCCAGUUUGCAUCGCCGUUGGAUGUGGAUACUCAUGUUAAGCCAGAGACAACAAUAUUAGAGGGGAAGUACUGGAAACGUAGAGCGGAAGCAGUUAUAGCAGAAUAUAAAAAAUGGCGAAUGUUUCAUAUAAUGCGUCUCCUGGGGAAAGGGGACACCUCCGUUCAGGAUGCGAUAUCGGACAUGGACACGGUGGAGUCGUUCUCGCAGUGCAGCGACUUCGCGUCCAACAUGCUCACGGACGAGGACUACCUCACCUUCAUGAGUGACACGCUCUUCUCCACCAUCUCCAGCCAUCAGCCGUUCGCGUUCCCGGACCCGAGGGAGAUCGCAAGAGGUGCCAGCUUAGCAGACUUCAUUCAACCAAGUUUAGGGCCACUUCAACCUAAUCUUGACGAUUUUAUGGACACAUUGGAGCCUCUCCAAGACUUACUGUCAACUCCACGCCUGCCGCCGGUGCCCGAGGAACCAGCUCUCCCGGCCGAAGACAACAUGUUCCGAAACAGUAUGAACAUGGACUCGUAUGGGCAUGGCUACGCCCUGUCCACCACGCACGCGAGCGCCACCAUGCCCCCCAGCCAGAUGACCAUUCACGGUGCACCCAAUAAUACUCAAAUGAUGUCGAUGUCUGAUCAAACUGUAAAGAACGAGCACAUGCAGAUGUACGACAACAACCGGUUGUUCGUACAGACGGAAAUGCAGAGCAACGUGAUCAACCAGGAGGUCAUGCCGUACUCGUACGAACAGAGCUCGCCUCAAGCCCAAACUAGUCAGAUGCAGAAUAACGUGUUUGAGACCAAACGCGUGCAGUACACGUCUAAAGUUAUAUCACAACCGGAUCCCGCCUACAAGUAUAACGCAGCAGUCGUGCCACCUUCUCAAACGGCACCAGAAACCGUGUCUCUACUGCAACAACCAGUGCAAAAUCAAAAGUACGCUUCCACCAUCGUCAUUCAGGGUCGAAGCGGUUACGCUCGAGAAAAACCACGGCCCAGGUUGGCCAUGUACUCGAGCCAGCUUCCCAACAACCAAUAUACGAACUAUGGACAGCAGAGCCCGAACUCGCAAGUUGAGUCGAAUAGGACACCGUCGAGGCCACAGCAGAUGCACUACUUACAACCGAACCCUGUGGAAUCGUACAAAGCGAAGCCGACGAACACUGUUAAUGCGCGCUCGUUCAAGAUGCCUUCGCCGCCACUCACAAAUUCUUCGCAACAGCAGGGUACGUCAACCGCGGGGCGGAACAAGGAUCAAUACCGCUCGCACAGCUUACCUCUGGGCGCGCAGCUCAACGCCGACUGGACGGUGAGCGCGCCCGCGCCCGCUCUAGCGCCCGCUCACGCUCCCGCUAUAGCGCCCGCUCUCGCUCCCUCCCCCGCGCCCGCGCAGACGCACGAGGCCGCCGCCGCUGCCGCGCAGAGGCACAGCGCUAGGGCACGCGAGCUAAACACGGGCACUCUUCGUAUCCGCUCGCGCUCCUCCUCGAGCGGGCUGCUAGACGCGGCGGGCGGGCCGGCGGGCGCGGGCGCGGGCGCGGGCGCGGGCGCGGGCGCGCGCCGCCCGCCGCCGCUCUGCAGCGUGGCCUCCGAGCCCGCGCUGCCGCAGGCCAGCGUCAUGCUCGCGCAGCUGUUGAGCGCGCAACACUCACAAAGUGUAUAUAAACUAAACAGCCCCGCGGACGACGGCGACCCGAAGUCCCCGCACCGGCGCGGCCAGCCGUCGCCCAUCGGUAGCGACGUCAUGUCUCCCCACCAGAGCCUCUCACCUCCCGUGUCUCCCGAUGGCGAGCGAGCCGGCUCACCCCGCGAAUCACGGCGCACGCACAUGCACGCGGAACAGAAGCGGCGCUACAAUAUCAAGACCGGCUUCGACACGCUGCAGGCGCUCAUACCGCACCUCAACGCCAACCCCGCCGCUAAGAUAAGCAAAGCUGCCAUGCUACAAAAAGGAGCAGAGUACAUAAAACAGUUGAAAGCUGAGAGAAACCAAAUAAAAGAGGAAAUGGAAAGUUUACGACAACAAAUCGAAUGUUUGAACAACUCCAUAUCCAACUGCCACUCGCUGCUGCCGGCGACGGGCGCGCCGGUGUCGCGCGCGCGCGCCGGGCGGCUGCGCGAGAUGUUCGCGCGUCACGUGGCCACGCGCACCAUGCACACCUGGAAGUAUUGGCUGUUUAGCGUGGUGUGCGCGGCGCUGGUGGACUCGUUCAGCGCGUGCGUGUCGUGCGGCAGCGGCGCCGACCUCGUGCGCACCACGCUGCUGUGGGCCGAGCAACACUGCUCGCUUGUCGAGAUGCGCCCAGCGGUCCUAAACUCCCUCCGCGUGCUCUGCACCACCACCGACAUCCUGUCGGCGCCCGAGAGGCUGCCGGAGGAGGCGCGCGCCGCCGCGGCCGGCAGCGCCGCCGUCAAGACCGAGCCCACAUAACACACGCCCCACGCCACAGGUUCCAUCUCCACUUGUCUCUACUCUACUCUACUGUACUGUACCGAAUACUAGAGGUGACAUACUUGUCUCACUGCCGAAGCGACAAGAUGAACACAAUAUUAAAGGUCGUUAGUUAUGUGAGUAGUCCCUGAUCAAGAGUUGUGUUAUAUGGAUCUCUUUUAUUCAAACGUAUAUUUUAUUUUUCUUGAGGAAAUAGUCGAUAUAGCACGUUGCUUCUGCGUCGGCAGUGGGACGGCUGCUUGUAUUUUCCUAGAAAAUAAUACAGAUGUAGUACAAGAUGUUUGGUGAGAGUGACGUGUCAUCCUGAUAUUUAGUUACGGAAUUGUUUCACGAAUUUUAAUUCGUAGAUCUUUCUUGAUGCGAGUGCACUAUUUGAAGGAAAUGUCCCUGUUGUCUGUUGUACUUAUAUCGAUAAUUAAAUUAUUUUUGUUAUUUUAAUUAUCCAGUUAUAUAACUAUUAUAUUUUAUUCACUUGUUGAAUCUGGCACUUCUUUAUUUAUCGCUUUAUAACUAGCAAUGUAUAUUUAUGUAUCUAAAUUCUUAAAACACGUAUUUUCAGCGGAUUUAUUUUUAUAACGUUUGCACUUAAAAAUCAGAUGACAAGUUAAAUAAAUGAUCUUUGAUAGUGUGCUCACAUCGCAAAACUUUCGCGACUGCCUCUUCGCCGGCCGUUUGUUCCUAAUAUCGAUGUACGACCAAAAGCCAACAGUAAAUAUGCACCAUUUUAUAUUUCUAACGAAGGUAGCAAAUAGUUUUUGCUAGUUUUUUUUCUUACUCGCUGAAGCAUUUAGACUUUGUUACAUCUAUAAAAUGUUGUAGUAUUCGUUGUUGUUGUGGAGUAAGUGUAAUAUUUCAUAUGUAUAGUAUUUUCACAUGGUGUAUUUAUUUGGUUUUAACCAACAACAACAAAAACAACAAAAACAAUGUGUUUUGGUGUAACAAUAAAAAUUACCAAUAUCUUACUUUGUGAUCUCACUCAGUUCCAAUUUACCAAGCAGGAAAAAUAUGUUUUUAAAUAGUUUUUUCAUAAUUAUACUAUGAAUGGGUUAUUAUUAGAACUUUGAAUAAAUUAUUUUCUCGUUUGAUGCAAUUUGCUCUUAGUUAACUUGUUGGAAUAACUUAUUCCAAAUAACAAAUGCUGUUCCAUCACUGCACUAGCGUCAAUUAGGAGCAACGUAUAGAAAUGUUUACUCCCUGGCUGGCGAAGAGGGUAAUAUUACAUAGUUAUGUUAUAUGCUGUUGUUUUGGGCAUGGAACGUACAAAUACCUCGUGACAUAAAUAAUAUCCAUUACAGUUGAUACAAAAAAAUAAACAUUUCGACGGAUAUUUACAACUUUUUAAUGUAAAGGGCUCGAAACAUGAUUAUCCCGCUUUAGAAAAUUGUACGCGAUAAUAUAAAAACCUUAAUAUUCUUAAUAUUUUAUACGUAUUCAAAAAGUAAGAGGUAUUUGCACAGAAAAUUAUAUUGAUGAUUGACGAGUGUGCAAAAAUGCAAAAUGUUAGUGUUCACUUGCAAUUGAAUGAAUAUUUACAACGCACACACGGCACAAAAUUAGUGAAGUGUAAGCUGGUCCCACGCCAGUGGAUAAGGUUUUGUGUAAAGUCUAUCAUUGUAAAGUCUAUCAUUAAGGUACUUAAAUUUUAAAAUCCAGGGACGGUGAUAGGUGUUCUAGAGAAAAUUCUUCUACCGAACAUUUCUAGUUCUCUUUUUUUCCAACAAUUCGAAAAAAAUAUUUAUCAGUAACAGCACUUCUGACAGCUGAACUUUUUCGAUGUAUAUAAAUCUCCAUCAGACCAAUAUUGGGGAAGUAAUUGCCACAACUAACAUUAUGCUCGAAUAUUACUAAAUUUGGAGUGUAAAUAUAUGUGUAUAUAAUUGAUUUAGCAAUGUGGCGUUAAUGUAGUGCCUUUAACUGACGUUUUGUCAUCCUGCAACAGCAACAAGAAUGAUUUCUUUAUGUUUUUACCAAAGAAGUAGUAGUUUUCAGUUAUGUUUGAUAAUGAUAUGUUAUAUUAUAAUACAUAUAACAGUUAUAUUAACAAGCACACGACGUACCUAGAUCAGACAUUGUGAACUAUACCCGUCCUACCCGGCGAGCCGUGAAUGCCAAUACUUAUAGUACGAUAAGAGAAAAUGAAUUUAAUAAUGUCGAGAUUUAUUUAGACUAAAUUGUAAGUAUAUUUACGUAAGUGCCUACUUUAAGUAAAUAUUUUUAUAUGGAUUGUGUGGUUACACAAAUGUUUUAUAUUUAUAUAUAUAAAUCGGUGCCAACGUAAAUAUAUUGUUGUAAUUUGUUAUGUAGUGAUAUAAUUUUAUGAUGUAUCGUUGUCUCUGAGGGCGCCCGCGCCGCGAGCUUUAACGAGGAAUGUGCAAUCGUUGUUCUGUUGGAAUACACUUUGGAAACAAAACCAA